GCCGCUGAUCGUUGGGCAAUGGCGGCGCCGAGGAGGGGAGAGUGAGAGUGAGAGUGAGUGUGUGUGGAGGAGCUGAGGGACAGGGCCGCUGUCCGUGACCCCGGGCCCCGGGCCCACCUACCUGCCCGCCCGCCAUGUCGGCGACCGCGCGCCGCAAACAGGAGGAGAAGCAUCUGCGGCUGGUGCGCGAGCUGGGCGCGCGGACCCCCAACCGUCGCUGCGCCGAGUGUGAGCAGCGCGGGCCCACGUACACGGACAUCACCGUGGGCAGCUUCGUGUGUACCUCCUGCUCCGGGAUACUGAGAGGCCUCAACCCCCCUCACCGAGUGAAGUCCAUCUCCAUGACAACCUUUACUGAACAGGAAAUUGAAUUCCUUCAGUCGCAUGGCAAUGAGGUAUGCAGACAGAUCUGGCUGGGCCUGUUCGACUCCAGAUCAUCAGUCAUCCCAGAUUACAGGGAUCCACAGAAAAUCAAGGAAUUCCUACAGGAUAAAUAUGAGAAGAAAAGAUGGUAUGUUCCUCCCGAGCGCGUAAAGGUGUCUGCGGCCACUUCAGCCACCACCUCACUUAGCAGCAGAAGCAGCACGCCCGACAUUAAACCUCUGAAGAGCCUGGUGGGAGAAUCAGCUCCAGCCCUGACUGUCACGAGAACCGUCAGUCAACCCGUGGGUCAGGCACAGAUGCAGCAGGCACAACAGCAGCAAGCAAAGAGGUCGCAGAUGGAUCUCCUGGCUGACAUUGGGGGCGACCCCUUUGCCACCCCUGCACCCCAGCAUGCAGCCACACAGGCCUUUGGGGCUUUCCCCGGCUUUGGAGUCCAGCAAACUGCACAUGCGAGUUUUCCGACCUUCAAUGCGUUCAGUGGAGGUGGUGCCACAGGUAACGUCGGAGGUUUCCCCUCGGUCCACCAAGCCCCAUUCCAGGCCCAGCCCGCGGCAUCAGGUGGUUCGAGCAGCGCUAACUUUGCAAACUUUGAUACCUUCCCAAAAUCUUCCAGCACUAGUUUCGGAGCGUUCACUAGCCCUCCCGCCACCUCCGUGCCCGCGGGUUCAACGGCCGCCUCCUCCGGUAAACAUGCCACCUCGCAAGCCGACAAAUACGCAGCGCUGGCAGAUUUAGAAAGCAUCUUUAACGCCCCUAAUUCCACUGCAGCAGGUGGUCAGAUGUCCAGCUUCAGUUUCACCUCCGCCGGCCAGCCGGCAGCCUCAUCGAGUCAAUACACAGGAGGCGAGUACAGCAGCGUCUUUGGUAUUGGAGUGCCUUCAAGUCAUGCCAGUGCUGGCACUAGCAGUAUCUCCGGAACAGUGAGUGGAAGCCAAGUGCCUACACAGCAAUCUGUUGCUACUAGUACAGCUAACUUUGGAGCUUUCAGUAAUCCAUUUGCUGCUCCUACUGUCACGGCGCAAUCAGCUUCUACCAAUCCCUUCCAGACCAACGGGAUGGCACCAGUGUACGGAGUGCAGACCGCGUACGGAUCCGUGGCGCCCACUGCCGUCCCCGGCGGCUUUGUCCGGUUCCCGCAGCACCCGUUCUCGCAGCAGCAGCAGCAGCAGCAGCAGCAGCAACAGCAGCAGCAGCCUCACCCUCAGCAGCAGCAGCAGCAGCACCAGGCCUUUGGCCAGCAGCAGUCCUACCCGCAGCAGCAGCAGCAGCAGCCGUUCCCCGUCCAGCAAGGAUACAGCCAGCAGCAGCAUGCGUUUGCCCAGCAACAGGCCUUCCUGCAGCAACAGGCCUUCGCUCAGCAGCACAAUGGAGCUGGAUUUGCUGCCUUCGGGCAGCCCAAAGUAAUGCAGCGACCAAUGGGGCCAUUGAUACAAGGAGGUGGAGCUCCCAGCAACCCGUUCAUGACUGGAGCCCCACCAGGACAGUUUGCAGCAGGAAACACAUCCACCAACCCCUUCUUAUAGUCAGUGACCUGUAGUACUUCCAGCAUGUGGCUCUUCCAGGAUGGCCUUAAAGCACGUCGACCAACAGCUGUAACCUAUGCCACGCCAGUACACAUGUUUCUAUACUUUGGUGGUGACAGGGAGGGGCCGGGGGGAGUUGUUGGGAGAAGCAACACAUUGGGAAAUAUUUCUCCUAUUGUAAUCGUUCAACGUAUCUGCGAUCAAAUUCCAGCACAGGGGGGGAGGGGGAGGGGGGGGGGAGGGACACAGCUCUGGACGCUUUAGAGUGAAGGGGAGCCAAGAUAUUUGCCAGCUGUUUCUCACGGAGGCUCCGGGAAGGAGAUGAACGGGUUAAAUGGCUGUGGGCCACACAGCGGCGGGAGAUCCCCACACUCAGCUCCUAGCGUGGGUUCAUUUACCUGUCGGUGGGAAGUUGUCGACCCUGCUCGAUCCCCACUCUCAAGGUGAGCAGCCGGGGCGACUUUCCCCUCGAGAUGCUGAGACCACAUCGCAACUAGGGUAGGGUUUGGGUGGUGGGGGUUGCUGUUUGACUGGGAAGUCUCCCCCGUGAAGAUUCUCCAACAAUUUUCCCCCGUUGAGGAAUUGCAACCUCCCGUACAUGGGGCGGGUGUGGGGGGGGGGGUGGGGAGACACUUGGCGUCACCUCUUUAUCAAACGCCCAGUGUCUGGGGAUCUCCCGCUUUUCCCCAACCCCCUACAGGGCCUGGUUUGGACCUUAGGCUGACUUGGUUCCCAGUGGCGAUGAUAGACAAGGAGUUGCACCCCCUACCUACCUCCUCCCAGCCUGCCCGCUCCCCCUUUCUCACCCGUUCCCCUUGCCCCGUUACUAACCCCCUAGGGCCACAGUCUUCCCUGUGCCUCGCCUCCCCUCCCCACACAGUCCCCACAGACGAUUCAUCAAUUCAUCCUGCCCGCCACCUCUCGCUUUUCCAUUUGCCCCGUACCCCUUCCCACACAGCCCCCCACAGACGUUUCAUGCUGCCCGCUUCCCCAGCCACCCUCCCACCCCCCUCGCAUUUCCCUUUGCCCCCUUACUUACUCCCACCCCCGCAACUGUCCCCUCCCCACACAGCCCCCACAGACGUUUCAACCUGCACCCCCCACCCCUUGCCCCAGGGCCGUUGUCUACCCUGUCGUCUGGCCGGCUGCUGUACUGGAAGCUCGGGCUUGUUUCUGUGUUUUUUUUUAAAAUUGUUACACCGAUUCCGCUGUGUUCUACUGUUCAUUCAAAAUAUAUAUUUUGUUCAUCAAUCAA